AUGAUAAGCAUGUUCCAGGGUUCCAAGGACAAACAAGUUUGGGAGGUACUUGUUGCGCAUACUGACGAUACCAGCCUUGGCGAUCCUGGUUCGACCGCUACAUGGCCGAUUGAGGAUGAUCGCACGAAAGGGCCUUUCCGAUACUUACGCAUCGCUCAAAAUGGCAAGAACUCGUCGGGACAAACUUAUUACUUGAGUAUUUCUGGAUUUGAAGUAUAUGGAGAAAUUGUUGAUGUAGUCAUCGAUGGAUUUGCCCCACACAAAGACGAGAGGGGUGGCUGUGCUUUCAGUAAAUCCAAAAUUCCUCUUCCAUCGUCUUCAAGGAAGGAUUACAAUAGGGAUGAGAAGGUCGAAUCGUUGAUGCCGCAAGGAGCGAACAACAAUAAACUGAGAGCUGGCCUUACAGCUGACAUGGUUUCCAUGAUGCAUACAAGAUCU